AUGGUGGUCGUGCAGCCGACGUCGCUGCUCGAGAGAGCCGACCUGAGCCGACCGAUUCCAGAAAACGUUCGGAAGCUGGCGCAGGUCGUCGAGUACGACGAGAGUCGCGUCGAAAUGGGCGUCAGUCGUUCUUUUUUCUUUCUUUUGUCACGAGGAUCCGACCGCAGUUGUUGAUGACAAAACCGCGACGCCGAAAUCGGGGUUAUGCCUGUUUUAUGGCAGCCUCCCAUUCAUUUUCUACCGUCACUGGUCUUUCUUUGCAAUAUGUAGACCUCUCUCUUCGCCGCGGUAAUUCAACCCCAACAACGGCGAUCCGGUAGAUCAAACAAACGGCCAACAAUUGGCUAGAAAACAAGCGCGUGUUUUUUCGAGACCGCUUCCUGUGGUAGACUUUGACUAGGAAAAGCGAUGAAUUCAUGAUGAAAAUUUAGCUAAAGUUCUGUAUUUAUUGAUCAGCAUACAAAAAGAAGUUCUGCUGAAUAUAAAAUGAGCUCAAUCAACUUUGAAACUAUUUAAUUUUAACAAAACCCAUGAAUGAUUAUUUCCGAAAACUUUUAGAAAACAUUCAAGUGAAUUUGGGAAGAGCUUUAGUGGUCACUUAGGAGUUUUCUGACUUAGGUGGCCACUAAAAUCAACUGUACAGAAGCCACUAUAGGGGCCUUUUGUUGAGAGGAGUCAUGCUCUAACAUCUGACUUCUUUCUGGAUGAAUCGGACAGCGAAGUUCCGUCAACGCAGCCAUUAAUUCGACUACUAUGGUGGUCACUAAAACCUCAAAACUAUAAAGUGGCUUCUUAAUUUUUGGUCUGUUAAACGGAUGAUGAAGCUGAGUUAUGAAACUAUGAAAAAAAUAUUUUUGUUUUUCAAUGAGUUUAAUUUUUUUAAUAAUCCAAAAUUGUUUAGGAAUUAUUGUCGGUAGCUACCAUCGUAACAACAGUCAUAAAACGUUUUUCAACAAAAAAGAACUUGAAUUUAAAACUCAACAAGACCUUUUUCAGUCGCACUCGGUGUUUGUGAGAGAAGCCAGACCUCCAGGAGCGCACUACGCCAAAGCGGCCGUCGUUUUUCUCCACGGACAGUCGUUUUCCUCGGCGACUUGGCUCGAAAACAACAUCCUAAGGUUGGAUUCCUAGGAGAAACCUAAAAAACAUGAGGUUUACAGAACUUUCGCUGCUUUGGGAUACCGAGCGGUGGCUCCAGACUUGCCAGGAUCAGGUCAGACUCGAGGAAGAGCUCUCCGUCAAGAAGAAAAGUCUAGCUUCCUUGUUGAUUUUAUUGGGACUCUCGGCAUCAAACAGGUAUAGCUUUUGGGUUGGUCUUCACAUAGAUUCCGUAAAAAAUCUUUUAAACCGUUUCCUUUUGAUUUCUGUCUCUUCAUUAACUUCAUCCCCUUCCUUUUCAAUUUUUUUCCUUCUGAUGAAGUUUUCUGCUUUGAUAGUUGAUUUUUUUUUCUUCUUCAGAAAAUGGUCAGUGAUCUGGCGGAUUUGCUCAAAAAGUAUGCGAUUUUUUGAUUUUUCAUUAAGACCUUGAAAUCGCCAUGAAAAGUUCUGCGAGAUGGCGUUUUCAUUGCCAUUCUGGCAAACUUCUUUUAGGAGUUCGCCAGACAAGAAUUAAAAAUGAGUGGUUGAAUGAAAAAUUUUUCGAGAAUCUUCAUCAGAUUGACUACGAGUAAAUCUUCGACCCGAUGAGUAUUUUAUUCCGAUCGAUGAAAUUUUCAAAUGGUUUUUGCAGGUGCUGGUUGUGUGUGCCUCGAUGUCGGCGCAGUACGUCCUGCCGCUGCUCUCGACAGAACGUCUGACUUGCGUCGUGGCGGUUGCGCCGUCGAACACGCACGAAGUGACGGAACCGACGACGUGCACGACGCCUGUCCUCGUCGUCUGGGGCGACCGCGACACUUCCUUGGGCCCGACGGCUGCCGCCAACCUCCGACGUCUCCCUCACGCCCGUCUUCAGAAGAUCCCCGACGCCGGCCACGCCUGCUAUCUCCACAAUCCGACCUUCUUCGAGGAAGUCUGCGUCAACUUCUUCGAACUCGUUCGCAACUAUUCCGGUAUCUGA